UCGUUCUGUGAACAUUCGACAACAGCUCGAAGUGUGUUGGAGGUGUAAUUUUUGUUAGGGAAAACGGUUAGAUAAGAAGAGCAGCGAUAUCAGUUCUGUGUAUUUCAUAGUAAAAAACAUACUUUCGGUUUAUCAUAGAAAUAAAUAUUUUUGUUAACAAUGCAAGAUGUGGAUAAAGAAGGUGACGAAACCCCAUUUGGGCGAGGCGCUCAGCUUGCUGUCGUCAUGGAACCUACAAAACCUCUGCACUAAAUUUAAAGAACAAGAGGUUUGCACUGUGGCAUUCCAAUAUUUGACGGAUGAGGACAUCUGUGAACUAAUACCGAAAAUUGGACCCCGUGCAAUAUUUCGAUCACAUCUUUUGGCUUGGCGACAACAGCAAGUAAUCAAGAAGGACGAUCACGUUAUUUUACUAAACAGCGAUCAAGUGGAUACAACAGUUGCCAUCAAAGACGAACUUCCAGAAAUAACUCUAGAAGAUGAGCACGCGAGUAAUCUGUAUGACGACCCUACAAAAGAGAGCGAAGUGUACGAAGAUAGUGACUCCAAAACUGCAUCGAUGAUGAGCGAUGCAAAAUAUGAUGACUCGCCAAUUGAAAAGGCGUCUACUUCGAAAAGACACUUGGAUGUCAAAUCUGUGCUUAAAAGCUGUUAUGAAGGUAUGAAUGCCAUUGAAUACUAUGAAGAGAACAAAUGUCUCGACAUGCACCACCGCAAGAAAGUGGUUAAGAUAAUUAUUUCUGCGGCGCUGGACAAGCGAAUGGAUAUGUCUGUACAUGAUUUCCACAGCAUGAACAAGCAGCUGCUGCAGCUAUUCCCAAACGAGAGCGAUGUAAGUACGUUGGAUACUUUUUAUAUGCCACGUUUGGGUCAUAUCCGGGCACGAGGUAUGCUUUACAACAAAUAUGUCAACCUCGCCCGCACACUGCGAAAAGACGGACUCUUGGAGUACAGAAGGCAUUGGACAAAUAAACGACGAUGAAUCAGCGGAAGGAUGUAGUUUUUAAAAAAUUAUCGAGGGGUUAUCAAUAAACUUAUACAUAUGUAGAUAUAUGAUUCAAAUAAAUUUAAUAACUUAAAAUUAUUU